AUGUUUUUGUGGCUUAAACUCUUAGCAUUUGGUGUUGCGUUUCUGAGACAGGAUGCUUUUGUCAAAGGAGAUGAGUCAGCAACGACUAGAGCUGGUAUCUCUCCCGCAGACAGCACACACUUCUCCACGCAUGCAAGCUCCGUCCCUGCCAUGGGACUUGGCAACCAACCACACAGCAGCACUGCUGCCCUCACCGCACACACUCCCAUUGCCUUCAAGAAUGCUUCAUCAGAUGAUUACAGUUCAACAUCCUUGCACAGCACCAUCUCACCAGUCAGCACGCCAGCAAACACUGGGAUCAUCCCCACUCACACAAUAGGUGACAAACUUGCACACAGUUAUCCCAAUUACGAUUCAGCAAGCACAGAAAAUGUUGUAAAAAUAGUUGUAAAAGAAUCUGCACUGUUGCAUAAAUCAUCUUCCAAAGGAACUUCCACAGUGACAACUGAAGGUUGUGAUGAUCAUAUUGAAUACAAUAUAACUGGAAGUGUAAAAGAUGAGAAUAACAUGUUUGAAGUUACACUGAAAAAUCUUAGAGAAAACAGAGAUUAUUUUAUUUUGGAAACUAACGAGAGCUUCAAUAUGAGUUCCAGCACAAUAAAACUUCAGAGAUGCAAGAGAUACACAGUUCAAGUUAAAAAUUGCCCAGACAUUUAUCUUGAUAUUCCACCUGAAGAAAGAAAUGAUCCUUUCACAGUUAUGCAUAAUACCGACACAUCUGCAAACUUAUGUUGGGAUAAGUCAUUUGACUGUGCUAAUGUGACUGUUAGCUGCGAAGAUGUCACAGGUAGAAGAAAAUUAGAAUUUAAUUCAGAAUUAAAUCAAACUUGUAAACAACUGAACACUUUAUCACCUAACCAUAGGUACAACUGCCAUGGUACCAUAUAUUUUUUUGAAAAUAAGGUUGCCAACCAAAGCUUCAACAUAACAACAGAUUAUGGUGAUCCAGAAGCACCAGAAAACCUUACAAUAAUUACUUAUGCCACAAGUAUACUUGUUACAUGGAAGAAGCCUAGAAACACUUCAAAGGGUCCUAUACAUGGCUAUAAUGUGACAUGCAGUAACAAAGAUCCUCAGGAUGUCCAGAACACAGGAGAAGAAGUCAACUGUACUUUCAACAAGUUAGAACCUUAUAGCCGGGGUGAAGUGUCUGUGACUCCAUAUACAAACAGCAAAUAUAAUCGUGGUCAAUUUAAGGGAAAAACUGAAAAACGUAGCUUUGAAACAAAACCAGCACAACCACAGCCAGUGACUGAUGUGAAUGCAACACUGUCAGCUGAUAACGCUAUCCAAAUUAGUUGCAAAAGUCAAAAAGUGUACGGAGAAAAAACAAUAUUUGAAUUGACUUGGGAAAAUGAUGGAAAAGUGGAAAAUCAAACCACUUAUUGUAAGUUUGAAAGAAAAGAUCUCUUGUACUUGACAAACUAUACAUUUAAGAUCUUAGUGAAUAAUGGAGUCUAUAGAGGGGAACCAGUAAGGAAGAGUAUAAAAACCAGAUAUAAUUCUAAAGCCCUGAUUGCAUUUUUGGCAUUCUUGAUCAUUGUGACGUCAAUUGCUUUACUACUGGUUCUAUACAAAAUCUAUGAUCUUCACAACAAAAAGCUUGGCAAUUCUUCUGAAGGUGUGAACCUUGUUGCAGUUAAAGAUGAUGACAGGCAACUUCUGAACAUAGAGCCAAUACCUUCGGAGCAAUUGCUGGACACGUACAAGAGGAAGAUUGCUGAUGAAGGAAGACUUUUCUUGGAUGAAUUUCAGAGCAUUCCUAGAGUUUUCACUAAAUUUUCAAUAAAGGAGGCCAAAAAAAGCCAUAAUCAGAAUAAAAACCGUUACAUCGAUAUCCUUCCAUAUGAUCAUAACCGUGUUGAGCUCUCAGAGAUCCCCGGAGACCCAGGAUCAGACUAUAUCAAUGCAAGUUAUAUUGAUGGCUUCAAAGAACCAAGAAAAUAUAUUGCUGCACAAGGCCCCAAGGAUGAAACCACGGAUGAUUUCUGGAGAAUGAUCUGGGAACAGAAGGCAACCAUUAUUGUCAUGGUGACUCGCUGUGAGGAAGGAAAGAGGAACAAAUGUGCCCAGUACUGGCCAUCAAUGGAGAAUGGCUCUGCAACAUAUGGGGACAUCAUUGUGAAGAUCAAUGAAAGUAAAACGUGUCCAGACUAUGUCAUUCAGAAACUACAUAUCACAAAUGCAAGAGAAAGGACAGCUGGAAGAGAUGUCACACAUAUUCAGUUCACAAGCUGGCCAGACCAUGGAGUCCCUGAGGAUCCGCAUCUCCUUCUCAAACUCCGACGCAGAGUUAAUGCUCUCAGCAACUUUUUUAGUGGCCCAAUAGUGGUUCAUUGCAGUGCCGGUGUUGGACGCACUGGGACAUAUAUAGGAAUUGAUGCCAUGCUGGAGGGGCUGGAUGCAGAAGGCAGAGUGGAUGUUUAUGGCUAUGUUGUGAAGCUGCGUCGGCAGCGGUGCCUCAUGGUUCAAGUAGAGUCACAGUACAUCCUUAUCCAUCAAGCGCUAGUGGAAUACAAUCAGUAUGGAGAAACAGAGGUCAGUCUCUCAGAACUGCAUUCCUACCUUAAAAAUCUGAAAAGAAAAGAUCCUCCAAGUGAUCCUUCUCUGCUGGAGGCAGAGUUUCAGAGAUUACCUUCCUAUAAAGGGUGGCGGACACAGAACACUGGGAAUCGUGAGGAAAAUAAAAGCAAAAAUAGGAAUGCCAACAUAAUUCCAUAUGACUUUAACCGAGUGCCAAUCAGGCAUGAAGAUGAAUGCAAUAAGGAAGGAGAACACGAUUCGGAUGAUUCCUCAGAUGAGGACAGUGACUGUGAGGAAUCAAGCAAAUACAUCAAUGCUUCUUUCAUAACUGGUUACUGGGGUCCAAAAGCCAUGAUUGCAACACAGGGACCACUGCAGGAAACUAUCUCUGACUUCUGGCAAAUGGUCUUCCAAAGAAAAGUCAAAAUCGUUGUUAUGCUGACAGAGCUGAAAGAAGGAGAUCAGGAGCUCUGUGCACAGUACUGGGGAGAAGGAAAACAAACAUAUGAUGGCAUAGAAGUUCAAAUGACAGAUGUCAGCUCUUGUCCUAGCUAUACCAUACGUGCAUUUGAUGUUACACACCUGAAGACAAAAGAAACACAGAAGGUGUAUCAAUAUCAGUAUCACAAGUGGAGUGGCUUGGAUGUUCCAGAAAACCCCAAAGAUUUGGUCAACAUGAUUCUCAAUCUUAAACAAAAAAUCCCAACCAGACCAUUCACUGAGGACAACAGGAGUAUGCGCAGUGUCCCGCUUAUUGUCCACUGCCGUGACGGAUCACAGCAGACUGGUGUAUUUUGUGCUUUAAUGACCCUCUUGGAAAGCGCAGAAAUAGAAGAAGUAAUAGACGUUUUCCAGGUAGUAAAAGCUCUUCGUCGCACCAGGCUGGGAGUGGUCUCCACCUUUGAACAUUACCAAUUUCUGUAUGACACCAUUGCCAGUACCUACCCUGCACAGAAUGGACAAAUAAAGAAGAACAGCCAGCAGGAAGAUAAAGUUGAAUUUUGCAGUGAGGUAGAAAAAACAGAUCAGGAAACUGAUUUGAUCACAAUUGAUCUUAACCCACCAAUGACAGAGGAAAAGGAGGCUCCUGAAGUAUGUGAUGAUUCUAAAUCUGCAGACAGCACGAAGGGAACAGAAAGCUCUACAAAUGGCCCCACAACUCCAGUUCUAACUUAGAGGCUAUACUAAAAAGAAAAAGUGCUUUUUCAUGUGCAAAAAAUCAAAACAAAAUAAGAAGUAUAAGAUUUCUUCCUCUUCCCACCUUUGUUUUUAAAGACAUUCACUGUUGUAUAAGUUUUUCGAAGGUACAAAUUUAAAGAAUACUUGAAACUUGUAGAGAGUGACAAAGAACUGUGAAAGUUUUAAGUUUUGUGUAGAUUUGCAUUUAAUACUUCUUCAGAAACAUUUUCACUAUUUUUAUACUUUUUCUGUUAAAGAUCUG